AGAAAUAAAUCAGUUUUGUUUUGUUGUUGGGAAAAGAGAGAACCAAACAAGCCCUUAUCGGGGGUCUAUCGUUAUUAGCUCUACACACAAGGAAAAAGAGGCAGAGGUUGCUGACGCUGUCAUUUUACUUUAUCUCGUUUGGGUGAUAUAGAGUUUUUUUUCAGAUAUAGAAAGUGAAGAAAAGAAAGGAAAUUGUGGUUUUCGAGGCUAAAUCCAUUGGGCACUCCAUUCGGUACUCUUGAUAAAAAAUGAGUUCCUUGGAGGCAACUAGAGCAGAACUUGGUUUAUUAGUCUUGUAUCUGAACCAGGCUGAAGCUAGAGACAAGAUCUGUAGGGCAAUUCAAUAUGGUUCAAAAUUCUUGAGUAAUGGACAGCCUGGUACGGCUCAGAAUGUUGAUAAAUCAACCAGCUUGGCCCGGAAAGUUUUCCGACUUCUUAAGUUUGUCAACGAUCUGCAUGGUCUUAUUAGCCCUGUCCCUCAAGAAACUCCCCUUCCUCUUGUUUUUUUGGGAAAGUCAAAAAAUGCUUUAUUGUCAACAUUCUUAUUUCUUGAUCAAAUCGUCUGGCUUGGCAGAUCUGGCAUCUACAAGGAUAAAGAACACGCUGAGCUAAUUGGCCAGAUAUCUCUCUACUGUUGGAUGGGAUCCUCAGUCUGCUCUACCUUGGUGGAGAUUGGAGAGCUUGGAAGGCUUUCUGCAUCAAUGAAGAAGCUAGUGAAGGAGCUUAAGAACAGUGAUAAAUAUCAAAAUGAACAAUACCGUGCUAAACUUCAAAAAUCGAAUGAGAGAUCACUGGCCUUGGUCAAGGCAGCCCUGGAUAUCGUAGUUGCAGUUGGACUACUUCAAUUGGCACCCAAGAAAGUUACCCCUCGUGUAACAGGAGCCUUUGGAUUUAUUACCUCUUUAAUUUCUUGCUAUCAGUUGCUUCCAUCUGGACCAAAAGCCAAGACCACAUAAAGAUACAAGUCUGUUCUAGGUGAUAAUUAUUGGAACAAUAAAGCCUAGUCGUGUCAUUUAAAAUAUUUAUUUGAACUUAGUGAUAUAAAAUCCCUUUUGGUGUAAACUUUUGAGCUAUAUGCCGCAUUCUAGGUGACCUUGGAUGUUCCUCACUAUUUAAAGCCAACUAUUAGGCAUCUUUGUUGUCACCUUUCGUUCUGCUUAUUUGCAAUGGUAAUAUUAUAAUGAUGUCAUUUCUGGUUCGUA